CUCUCUUCCUCUCUUCUUUCUCUUAAUCUCUCUGCCCAAAAGAACAAAGAAACAGAUACUCUUCUCCUUCAUUCUAUACAAUCAUCCUCCUUGUUUCUACACAGAGCAAACACAAAUCUCUAGAUUUGAUUCCCAAACAGAUACUCUUCGAUUACUAGAAGAAAAAAAUCCUAGCUAUCUCUUUCACGCCGUACCUUGCAUACUCUCUUUCAUUCUGGUUUCUAGAGACCUACAAAAGCUUAGCCGUUCAUCACUUUCUUCGAUCUACAAUCAUGUACUUCGAUCUAUAAAAUAGUUUCUUUUCUUACCGUGAUAAUCGAAGAAGAGUACAACAGAAAUCAGUGAAGAUAUUUUGGUUAGAAGCUAUUCUUCCAUUUGGAAUUCUCGUGGAUUUCUAAAGGAUUUUGGUUUGAAGGAGAAGUUUAUUCUUUUCCUUCGAUUACUUAUGAGAAGAUGGACAGCAUUCCUGUUGUGGGUGACAAAUCUACUGCCAAGAAAGGUCAUCAAAGAGGAGAUGGAGAGAUCUUUCAGAAACACAAAUAUGAAGUCAUUAAAUCAUUCGUCAUAUUUGAGACUGCAAGUCUUGCCAGAGGAUUACUGGGAUUUGGAUGACAAGUUAUCUUGUCUGACAGACUUAUCUCUUGGUGAUCUGAAGGCAUUUAUCCCGGAGCUUCUUUCUGAGGUACAUUAGUCAGUGCUCACCUAAUUACUUUCUUGUCCUCUGACCAAAGCUACUGCGAUGACCAAUGCAGGCAUCUCUUACACAUGACAUGUCCUGCAAUAGGUCCGAAUUCAAUUGUUGAACACGUAAAAUUCAGAACUAAUUGAAUGAACUUAAUUUCAUUUUUGUCUACUUCUGUUUAUCCUAAUAAUAUCAGAUGUUCUAGCUCAAACUUAAAAGACUACGCCACGUGUUUUGGCAUGCAUGUUCAAAUUGGAUUUUUUGUGAUUGAAUCGUGCGCAAGGUGUUAUUAUGAACA